GAAUCUGUAGAGCAACUUUUUGAUUUGUUUUCCAAAAUGGUAGAAAUUGAUAUAGAUGCACCCAAUCUGUUAAGAAUUAAUCAUGCUGCUUUUCUUAAGAAGUCUCUUACUUAUUUGCCCAAUGCUUACCAGUGUCUAGAUGCUAGUCGUCCAUGGCUAUGUUACUGGAUAUUACAUUCCCUGGAACUGCUAGAUGAAACUUUGGUACCAGAAGAUAUCUCUAAGAUAGCUCAAUUCCUUGGAAAGUGUCAAAGCCCAAAUGGUGGAUUUGCUGGAGGUCCAGGGCAGUUCGCACAUUUAGCACCUACCUAUGCAGCAGUGAACGCACUUUGCACAUUGGGAACAGAGGAAGCAUAUAACAUAAUCGACAGGGAAAAGCUGCAAAAAUUUCUCUGGUCUGUCCGUUCUCCUGACGGUGCAUUCCAAAUGCAUUCUGGGGGAGAAGUAGAUAUUAGAGGGGUAUACUGUGCAUUAGCUGUUGCCAGGCUUACUAACAUAUAUACAGAUGCCCUCUUUGAUAACUCAGCCAAUUGGAUUGCCAGCUGUCAGACUUACGAGGGGGGUUUCUCUGGGUCACCGGGUAUGGAGGCUCAUGGUGGUUAUGCGUUCUGUGGUUUGGCUGCGCUUUCGCUAUUAGGGAAGGAGCAACUCUGUGACAUCAAGUCUUUCCUGCGGUGGAUUGUGAACCGCCAAAUGCGAUUCGAAGGCGGCUUUCAGGGCCGUACAAACAAGCUUGUAGAUGGCUGCUACUCUUUCUGGCAGGGUGGAGCAUUUCCUUUGCUCCAUAGAAUAUUAGUGCAAGAAGAUGAAAAUGCAGUAAGCAUGGAACAGUGGUUAUUCCAUCAGGAAGCUCUACAAGAAUACAUCUUGAUUUGCUGUCAAAAUUCAUCAGGGGGCCUCGUUGAUAAGCCUACAAAGCCACGGGACAUCUACCACACGUGUUAUACGCUUAGUGGCCUAUCAGUAGCUCAGCAUUUUGUACGUGGAAAACCAAAUGUUGUAGGCAGUUCAAACAAUGAGCUUGCACCAGUACAUCCUAUAUAUAAUGUUGGGUUAGAGGCAGCGCUAAAUGCUUUGCAAUAUUUCCAGCAACUUCAUGUACCUCAGACAAAACCAUCAUGAAAAUAGUUUUCUUACUGCAUCAUCGUAGACAUGUAACAUGUCGCAUGUGAUUUCUGCCCUCUCUAGCUGCAAAAUCAAGUAUCAAGCAUUGUUAUGCUAAAAGAAUGAAGUCAAUGGGAUGCUGGAAGCUCAUUUUUAAAAAAUGGAAAUGUAACGAAUAUUUCACCCAUGUUGGUAUUUGUAUUUACAUAUAUAUGUAAUAGGAUAAGUUGAGGGUUUUAUUACAGUGGCUCAACUUGGAACUGUAUAAUAAGCAAUGCAUUACUGUUUUAGGCUACAAAUUAUACUUCUUGUCUUUUUGAUCUUGUUCAGUGGUAACCCAGUUUCAAGUACCUAUAACUGUGAUGAUAAAGAUGGUAUUUUUUGGGUACUUGUGGGUUAUCAGGACACAUCAGUAUAAAAAUAGGUUAGGUUAGGUUAGGUUAAUCUGUGUGGAUAAUAACUUUCAAGUAUAUGUAAUUUAUCCACACAUUAACCUAACCUAUUUUUAAAGUGAUGUGUCCCGAUAACCCACAAGUACCUAUUUUUGUUUGAAGCUUGUAGUGUAUAAGAAAUGUACUCACUAAGGCAGUGUUUCCAACUUUUCAAAUCUUGACCUGAGUUGUACAGUCUGUGGCCUUGGAGAAAAUACGGAAUUUGAAGUUUAAGUAGGUGACAAGUUGAUUAACUUAAAAAAAUAAACUUUAUUUUUAGCAAUAGUGGUUUAUGGUGACAUACCUCUUACAGAAUUGUAAUUUGCUGGACUCACUGAGGGAACGGUGAAAAUUUUUCUGUACUACUUACAAGUUUCAUGGAUACAAGCAACUAUUAGGACAAAAAUAUUAAAUAUAAAUUUGGUAGGAUUGGGCAGAGAGCGGUUUUGGCCCAUUUUACAGUGAUAGUGACGUGAACAAGAAAUGGAUCUUACAGAAAUAAGGCGGGAAUAAGUAUAUAUACACAUAAUUAAUGUUCAUUAGCUCAUGUACUAAAUUAAAAUUCUUUUGCACAGUUGUAACUUUACAUUUCUUAAUAUUAGGCCUACAUUAAUAACACAAAAUCUGUCGCUACAAGAUUUUUGCAGUUGAUUUGAUUUUUACAGCGAUAACUGACUUUCAUUAUCUAACCUAGACAAUAAAUAGAAACUAUAUUGAUAAGCAUUUCUGCAAAAAAAAGAAAGCCACCGUGUCAUAAAGGUGCAGGAGGCAAUUUUGAAUCUUUUCACAAUCAUGAACAGUGUUUUGCUUCAGCUGCCUUUACUGCUGGGUAAAUAUUUUAAGAGUAGGACGAUGUGGCCCCUGACAAUGAAAUUUCACUGGGGCGUGGGGGUGUAAUUUUCCUGAAAAGGCAAUGAUUCUAAACAAAGCUGUAUUAUUUUGCAUUUGUUUUCUAAAUGAAUUGUUUGUAUGUAGUUUGUGUGAUCAUGCAUGGGAUUUCAGUAAGUAGAAAUUUUCUAACAAUUAUUUGAUCUUCACCUAGAACUCUACAGUAUUUCUCUGCCCUUGCUAUAACAAUUAGAGAUAAUGUCAAAAUGGCUGCUGAUUAUAGAUAACUGCUGUUACACCUGUCUCCAUUAUGCUCUUAUUAGCGAGCAUCAUAUAGAUAAAACAUUGCGAAAAGACAUGGAAGUGUCCGUUCUUUUGAGAAACUUGCUGUUAAUAUCUGAAGUAUGAACUCUGAUGUAAGAUUUGAGGUUUUCACAGCGGUGAGUAUGAAGAUUUCUGUCUUCUGAGUUGUUGCGCUGUGUAGUAUGGUCGAUGUUUACCAACUUUUCAGAGAUACUGCCUCCGUCAUCAGGGCAAUGAAACGGUGGACAUCGACCAUACUACACAGCGCAACAACCCAGAAGACAGAAAUCUUCAUGAACUCUGAUGUUUUCAACGCUCAAGAGAGAUGUGUGUGUUUACGAGGAUAUUUCUUUACGAUAAUAUUUUCAUUUCAAGGAUUCCUCCGUGGAUUUAAUUGUACAGUAAGAUGAAUUUUGUCCAGGUCAGUGACAAAUGAAAAAAGUCUCGAUUGACAGCUAAGACUGAUGUGUUUUAAAACCGUCAAGUUCAUUGUGGUUGAGUUUCCAGUAAAAUUUCUGACUGGUGUCUUGUAAGACACGCAGCUCUUCUUAAUGGAAGAAUGUAUGUAAUAACAUGUUUGAUUUGUUUACUUCGACAAACUAUGUUCAAAAAACAUUUUUUUACUCUGGUAUACAUAUAACAGUUCAUACCUAGACAUCAGUAAUGUCAAGACAAUUUAAAAAUACAGUAUAUUCAGAAUUAACUGCAGAAGUGACACAUGCUCCAUAUAGCCAGAAAAUAGACUCAAAUACAUAGAAAAAUAAAAAUGGGAAA